AUGGAGUUGUUUAUGAUGCAUUUUUACAAGACCCACAAGCUCUCCAACAACAACCACAAGUGCUUCAACAACAAUAACACACACGACUCGAACAACAACAUCUACUCCAACAAAAACCACAACUGCUUCAAUGACAACACCCACAACUUCUCCAACAACAACGUCUGCUCCAAAAACAACCGCAACUGCUCCAACGACAAAACCCACGACUUCUACAACACCAACCACAACUGUGUGAACAACACCCACACCUACUCCAACAACAGCAGCUACUCUAACAACAACCACAACGGGACCUACAACGACUGCAACAAUAACCAAACCAACAACUUUGCCAAACACAACAACAGCUACUACAACAUCGACCACAACUGUGUCAACAGCCACACCUACAACUACUCCACAACAACCACACCCACAACCUACUCCAACAACAACCACAACUGUUACAACAAUUCCACCUACAACAACUUCAACAACAACAGCACCUCCACCGACAACCACAACUGUGUCAACAACAACACCCACAACUACUCCAACAACAACACCCGCAACUUCUCCAACACCAACUACAACUGUGAGACUUCAACAACAACCACAACUGUGUCAACAACAACACCCACAACUACUCGAACAACAACACCCACAACCAACCAGGACUGUUACAACAACUCCACCCACAACAACGUCAACAACAAGAGCACCUCUAGCGCCAACCACAACUGUGUCAACAACAACACCCACAACUACUCUAACAACAACCACGACUGUUUCAAAAACCAGACCCAAAAGUUCUCCAACAACAACCACAAUUGCUUCAACAAAAAUAACACACACAACGACUCCGACAACAACAUCUACUUCAACAACAACAUCCACGACUACUCCAACAACAACCACACCCACAACUUCUCCAACCACAACAACAGCUCCUCCAACAACACCCGCAACUACUUCAACAGCAGCAGCUGCGUUCCCUCUUCGACUCCAGCCUCCAGCGUUUCACGAGCCAAACCAGCCGUAACCCUCUCAAGCUUCACCACAGAGCCCACUGCAACGAGCACCCUCACGAGAAGUUUUCCUUCCACGAGCACCUGCACUGGGAAAACCUCCACCGGGAAGAAGCACCUUGAGCACCGUCCCUGCGCGCACCGUCCUCGGAUUCCUCCACGCCUCCCUCUCCAGCACUACCUCGGCGGCACUUCCCCCUCCUCGGAUCCCAGCACGGACAAACCUCCAACUGCACCCCCCUUCAACCGACACUCCUGCAUCUGGUUCCUGCUCCUGCCACCGUACACGGGCCGUCACAACAACAGCUACUACAACAUCGACCACAACUGUGUCAACAGCAGCAGCUGCUUCAACAAGAACACCCACAACUAUUCAAACACAACAGCUACUCCAACCACAACCACAAUUGCUACAACAACUCCACCCACAACAACUUCAACAACAACAGCACCUCGAGCGACAAUGACAACUGUGUCAACUGUCAACAACAACAACACCCACAACUACUCCAACAAGAACAGCUCCUCCAACAACAACAACCUCUUCAGCAACCACACCCACAACUGCUCCAACAACAACAGCUGCUCAAACAACAACAACCACACCUCCUCAAACAACAACUACUCCAACUACAACCACAAGUGUUACAACAACCAGACCUACAACAACUGUAACAACAGCUGCUCCAACAAAGACAACCACACCUACUCAAACAACAACUACUACUCCAACAACAACCACAAGUGCCACACCUACAACUACUCCAACAACAACCACACCCACAACUUCUCCAACCACAACAACAGCUACUACAACAACAACCACAACUGUGUCAACAGCCACACCGACAACUACUCAGACAACAACCACACCCACAAC